AUGUUUAUUUCAGGCUACCCAGCCACUUGGAGAGGAGCAGAAAAAUCCUUUGUAAUUACUCGUGAAAGCUGGAUAGGACCACGAAAGGAUUUUCUUGCAAUUUCUUACAUGGCAUCAGCAUUUUAUUCUUGGGAAUCAACAUUAGGCAACGAGUGCUCGAAAGAAGGGCCCAAAACUGAUACCUCGUUUAAGGCAACGAAAGCGAAAUCUUUUGCAACAGCUCGAGCACAUUUGACACAUCCCACGUAAUU